AUGAACAAGCUAUUCGGCAAAAACGCCGAUCUGUUAAUCGCCGGUGUCAAUUUUGGAGCGGGAGACGAAAAUCCUGCGAAUCUGUUCGGUGUAGAAGAGGUUCGCUUUUCGGUAGAAUUACCUUCACGGGAAUGUCUGGUUGGUUAAAAAGCAGGUUGCAGUCCUUGCUGAAUCCGGAGACUUAGCCUUACUUCAGGAGGGCAAGAGGUCACGGGUGAUGAUGUAAAUAUGCGCAACGGAGGGAGGCGCUGACGGGUGUGUCGGGGUCUGAAAAACAGCUGUGUUAACUGACUACUUAAUCGCGAUUUCAAGCGCCUAACAGCCCUAUGUAUUUGUAUAUAUAUACUGAGGGUUUAUCAACCAACCAGACAGCCUUCGAGCUCACUGCUGUCUGACCAAAGUGAACAAACCAAAAGCAAGCCGAAACGUCUCUAGAUCUGUCCAGGACGGCGAUGUUUCACAUAUUUGCCAUUGUCACUCGACCCGUACAAUAUAACUUUGACGCUGUUAAUUACUUUGCUGACAUUCGUCUCCCUCAGGAACUGAGAUAGCACCAAUUAUCCAUAGACAGAUUACUGUACAGCACAUUUAGUAACGUUAAUUGUUUUCAACACUUGGAACAAUUCGUAUCUGUCUGGUUUCGACAACUUUGCCAAUCUGAAAAAAAACUUCUGUAGCUGUUUGAUGGUUCCAUUUUUAAUUUUUUGAUAUAUUUCGCUUCCUUGUUACAAAUAGGGAAUUCAAAGUUUCAACACCUAUGUUUCCCUCAAAUAAACUAAAACUGAAACUAAGACAUAUAUGGUUUGCCCGCUCUUAAGUUUUCAUGUGAGGAAGAAGAAGAAGAGGAGGAGGAGGAGGAGGAGGAGGAGGAGGAGGAGGAGGGAGAAGAGAUAGAGGAAAAAGAAGUUGAGGGAUCUCUGCGGUGCGGAUUCAUUGCCUCUCCCCUCGUUCGCUCCAGCUUUAGAUGA